UUCACGCCAGAUUGUUUUGAAGGUUCCCUGAAAGAUUUAUUUGGAAUGAAAGCAAAAAAAGCAUUAAAACCCGGUAGUGUCCCUUCAAUAUUCCCCUUUCUAAAGCGUAAACCAGAGCGGGAAUCCUCAAGAGGCAGAAAAGAAAAGCGAUGCAAGAGGUAGCCCAUUAAUGUUAUUUUUACAGAAUAAUUUUUGAUAUUAUUUAUCUUGAGCAUGAAUAAGUAUGUAUUGAUAUAUAUAAGUGAGAUCAUUAUAUUAAAAUUUUCUUUUGAACAUUACACUUGAAACAUUUUUUAAUUAAAUGAAUCUAAAUUCCACAAUGUGCAGGAAUUAGCCAGUAUGCUUGAACAACCCAGUGAUGCUGAAGACUCUUCACUCACAUUGUCCAUGACCAUGACUGAGAUAGAGCCAGAAAUAGAUACUUCUGCUGGAAGAAGUGUGGCAGUACUAUGUGAUAGUGAUACUCCAAGUAGUGUUGAUGCUGAAACACAGUGUGAAAAGAUUUCAACACGCAGUAUUGCAGUUCAGACACUGGCACAGAGGAAAAAGCCAAGAAGGAAAAUAAAAUACAGUAACUUUUCAAAAACCUCUAGUCCCAUGAACAAUAGUGCACAUUCAAUGUCAAACCUACCAUUAGCUUCUGUUGUUAUACCACCAAUCAUGCAUGACAUCACCCAGAUUGAGAAUGCAUCAUGUGGGGAAGAUAAUUGUUCAGAGCAUGAGGAGACUGUGAAUACCAUAGAUAAAAGCUCAACUGAAAGUGAUCUGUCAGAUGGUAGUGAUGAAGAUUAUGUGUGUUCUUCCCCAAGUUCCAGCAAUGAAUCGGAUGAUGAUAAGCAAAACACAGAGAGAAAAUUCAUUGUUUUUGAAAGAAAGCUAGAUGAGUUGUUCAUAUCAUGCAAAUUUUGUUCUUCCAUAUGUGAGAUUGAAAAAUCUACAGUGGGUAGCAUGGUGAUGUACAAGGCAAUUUGCCACAAAAAUCAUAUCUUCAAGUGGAAGUCACAGCCUAUGUUGCACAAUAAACCAGCUGGAAAUGUUUUGAUACCAGCAGCAACAAUCUUUAUUGGUUCAACAUAUGAGCCAUUGAAGCAAUUUGCAAAUGCUUUGAACUUAGGUUUUGUGAACAAGGACCAGUUCUAUAAUAUGCAGGAUGAAAUUGUCUUUCCAGUGAUUAAUAGCACCUAUAGAAAACAGCAAAAAACUAUAAUAGAAAAAUAUACCAAGGCAGACAUACCAAUAGAUUUAUGUGGUGAUGGAAGAUGUGAUAGUCCAGGUCACAAUGCAAAGUAUGGCACAUACACGCUGAUGGAAGAAAACAGUGGGAAAAUUGUUGAUUUUUCUUUGAUACAGGUAUCUGAAGUGUCUUCUUCCAAUGCAAUGGAGAAUGAAGAUCAUUGA